GCGGGGCUUUGUGGUGUUAUGUAACGGUGGAGCCGCGGGCGGGGGGGGUCGGGAGGGUCUGUGCAGCGUUCGAGGCCGGCCCACCCCGUCGUGUCGGCCGGUGCCGCACCUCCGUGUUCGGGAACGCCUCCAGGGACGGUGAUCCCCCCCACCCCGGGUGCCAGCGCAGCACCGCUCUUUCCGAGAAGAAAUUUCCCUGCCGCAAUAUGAGGCCACCGGGAGCAGAAGCCGACCGACUGCCCCCAAUCCCCCCCUCCCGCCGCUCCAAUUUCCUUUCAGGGAGCGACGAGAUCCCCCCUGAGCCAUCCCUGCCCCGUGAUCCCCCCUGAAAUAAGGGACACGCUGAGCGGGCACUGAGCGUGGGCAUCUCCUGCGCGUGCUUCGAGCUCCGUUCGCUUUCCGGUGGAAGCCCUUCGCCUCCCGGCCCGGCGGGCAGCGGAGCUGUGCCUACCGAGCGCCGCCGUCGAGUGGGCGCUGCUGCCCACGUGUGCGUGGCCCGCCCGGCUUCGAGCCGCGGUGCUGAGCACGCAGCCGGGUCCGGCGGCGGUGAGCGAGCCCCGCUCCGCGUGCAGAUCGUGCUGGAGGUUUUGCGGCUUGUGCCAGAGCGAUUGGCUGGAAGCUGCAGGGAUUCGGAGGGGUUUGGGGAGGAAGAAGCCGAUGCCUCAUUGCUGGGGGCAGGGAAUGGAGGCGGGCAGAGGGACCGGCCGUUUGGUGCUGUCCCUCCUGCUCCAGCUUGGUGCGUGGGGCACAACGUGCAGCCAGCAGCGGCUCAGCACGACGCUGCCCCGAGCACCGCUCCCUGCCGCCCUCCGUCCCCAGCCGCCGUCCCUGCGGCUGUCAUCGCCCGUUUCACCGCUCGGUAUCCCCCCCCUCCUCCCCCCGUACCCCUCCUUGCACCACUGCCGCCAUGCGGGGCCGGGGCAAGAGCAGCCCCCGGGCACAGCCCCGUGCCGCUGACGCUGUGUGCCGCUGCCUCCCACCCGCUCUGCCACGCACGCUCGUCCCCCUCCUCUCCGAACCCUCUUAGAACUGAUGCACUUAAAGCAAACUUAACUUUUCUAUUACCGCACAUUUCUCUUACCCAGGUGCUUAAUUACCAUUGUCCCAGGGAAAUGUCAGCAUGACUCACAGACAGUUUCCCAUUAGGAAGCCGCAGAUGAAUAUUAAUUACUCUCGCAGGUGGGUGGGCUUGGUGGCAGCACCUUUCCCAAAAGGACCGUGUCACCCCCACACCCACCCGGACCGCAGGGACCAGAGCUUUUUUUUUUUCUUUUCUGCACACGCAAAAAAGAAUGGGGCUGCGGUGCUCUGGGGACGGGAGAACCCCGAUCUCUUCCUGCAGCAAGCGAGGUGGAGGCACCUCCUCCAUCCCGUGCUCGUGGGGUUAGCUCAGUCUCCAGAAACCCCACUCCCCAUGGGGAAAGUACCUGGGGAUGGGGAUGCUCCAGGUGUGUCCUGGGAGGCGGUCCCGCUGCUUUUGGGAUGCUCCGCACCGCGAUCCCUGGGCACACACCCGGAGAUGGGGCUCCUGGAGCAGCUACGGUGGGAUGGGCACCAGAAGGAGGCUGGGUUUCGGGGAUGGGCAGGGCGAGAUAGGGAGGCUACAAGUAACGGUUUCGGUGUGAGAACCUUCUGCGGAACCCCGUGGCGCUCAGGAGCGAGGGUGAAACCUCCCGGGGCUGCCCACACAGCGCUGAGGAUGCCACUGUGGUUUGCGGCUGCUUUUUGUUCUUGGCUUUGUUCUGCGCUUGCAAACCUUGAGCUGCAGGGGGUGGAUGUGAAAACACAGCUGUCCCCUGCCUGUGCCCUCGUGGGGACUGAGCCUUGAGUCCCCAUCCCUGCAGCACUGCUACCUCCCAGCACGGGUUCUGCAGGCUGCAUCCCCUCUGUCAGCCCUGGUUGAUGGGGGAUGCUCGGCCCUUGCUUCACCCCCACCCCGUGCCCUGCUCCCUCAGUGCCUGGGUGAGCUGAAACCCACACCCAGCAAAACCCACGAGGUGCCACGUGCUGUCCACAUGCGGCACCCCAAAGGCAGUGGUGGCAGCGCAGGGAGCCAGCUCCCAGCCAUGCCCAUGCCCCUGUGUGCUGGGAAGGCUGAGCGCGGGCACCGCGUCCGGCAGCUGGUGCUCGAGCCGGGGAGAGAGGCAGGUUGCUGGGAAACAUCCCUCUUGAGCACCGAUAAAAAUAGCUCCGUCUUCAAGGCGAGAGGGCGGGCUGCGCUGCAGCCAGUGGGGCAGUGGGGAUGGGAUGGGGAUGGGAGUGGGGAUGGGAUGGGGAUGGAAUGGGGACAGGGUGCCUUGGUCUGGUGUGUGGACACUGGGGCUGUCAGGAUGCAGUUCUGAUGGGGCACGGUGGUGCAUGGGUUGGGGGAUCCCCAGCACUGCCCAUCCCCAGACUGGGCUUAGAGAUAUGUGCCUAGGGUAUGGGGCUAAGAGGAGAGUGCAGCUCCCUGCCUCCCACCACCACUCUCCCCCAGCCCUUUUGGGUUCAUCUCUUUGGGUUUGUCCCCAGGAGGAGUUUGGGUUUGCCCCUUGCCCUUUGGGUGGCCUCCAUCCUCUCCCCAGCUUCACCACGAGGCUGGGGCUGCUCCCAAGCUGGGAGCAUGAGCCUGGGGGCUCCCCAUCUCCCACACCUCGGGCAGGGCUUGCAUUCAGCACCCAACAGCCAAGACAGACCCCUGCCCACUACCCAUGCCGAGGACCCCCACGGGGUAGCAGCAACCAGGGGGGGAACCCGGGGGGCUCACACCCGAUCCCUGGGGCUGCAGCGAGAGAGCCCACCAGGGCUGUGGCGGGGAUGCUGCGGGGCUGAUUAUUCACAGCUUUCCUCGCCCCGAUUGGCUCCGCAGCGCUGAGCGGAGUGGGGCCCCACCGCAGGAGGAGACUCGGUGGCCAUAAAAGCGGGCGGGCGGGCGGCGGGCGGCGAGUACGGUGUGCACCCAGCGCGGCCCAUGCCCAGCUCAGCCUGACCUGCGAGCACAGCGCGGCGGGACGGGGCGCACAGCAGGUAGGGACGGGGUGUGCACGAGCGUGGAUUUGGGGUUCCCUUCCCUUUGCCCGCACGCACCUUGCUGCUGGGCAUCGCUGCUGCUCGAGGGAAUGUGAUUCAGUUUCUUUCAAAACAUCCCCGAGCUGCCGUGCUGGGAGCAUCUCGCACUUUACUCGUUGCUUUAUUGCUUUAUUUCAAGACUCGUACGUUCGCCGCAGGUGCCCCACUCAUCCCCUGGCAGUUUCGCAGCAUCGCUCUGCUGGGGCUCGGGGUGAUGCUGAUGCCAUGGCCAUAUGCUCAUAUGGAGAGAGCACAGCCCCGGAGCAAAGCCGAGCUCAGGGAGAGGGCAGAGGGAGCGGGAUGGGUGCUGGCACAAUGCUGGGUGUGCUGUGGUUGUGGUCAAAAGGUCACUGUAAGGAGAGGAGGGAGCUGCUGGGAGCGGGCUGUGCUCCUCCACAAGUGUCAGCGGGGUCCCAAGCUGUCGGUGAAACACACACAGCCUUGGGUACCGGCACUGCACGGUGACAUCUCCGUGUAGAAAUGCUCAGAGACACAGGGGGUGAUGGCUGGGAGCAAAGCCCUCCGUGGCCAUGCUGUGCUCUGUCACCUGCUGCGCACUCAGGGCUGCUCUCCAUCCCUCUGUGCCGGUGCAGCCGGGGCUGUAACCCGGAGCUGUGGUGCACAGACACACCUGGGGCUGUCCCACGUCUUAGCACCAAAAGCCUGAACAGAAAAGGGGCAGAGAAGGAGCGGCCAUACAGCACACACGGGACACGGGUAGGAACCCAGAGCAAGCCCAGUCCCUUGCAGCACUGCUAUGAUCGUGCAGACGCAUUCCCCAGGAUGGAUGCUCCGGGCAGAGCUCACCUCAGUGUGCUCCAGGUCCCGCAGUCCCACGCUCCAACCACAAUUUUCUCCCUCUUCCUUUUGUCUCUCCCCUUUUUUGAGCGUCCCUUUUCACUUUCACCUAAAGCCCUGCCUUGCCUCCCCUUUCCCUGCCCCGCUCUCUCCUCCUCCUGCAGCAGGAGGACGGCGGAGCACCGCAGGGAUGUCUGUGCCCAGGUACGUUCACAGCGGGUGCACGGGGCUCUGUGGGGCUGCAGCUUCCAGGCACGAUAGCACAGCCAGCAUUUACCUUAGCAGCAGGUGAGUCCUCUCUCCUCGCUCGGUGCCAUCGAGGUGAGCAGGGGCUGCUGGUGCUGCCGUGCCCAUAUCCGUGCCCAUCCUUGGGGUGAUGCUCUCGGGCUGUGCGGCGCAGCCAAGGAAUGCAGAUUUCUCGACACACGAUGGUGCAGAUAAUUCAAAUUCAAAUUUAAUUUAGCAUGAAUUAAUACUGUGGCGUUAACGUUUCUUCAUCAGCGCCAAUUAGAGUACAUUAGCAGACAGUGCCGAAGAAUACAAUAGUCUCUAAUAUGCGUCAUUAACAUGUAACAGAUCCCUCUGGGUCAUGCCUUCCCACCCUGGAUAGAUGCAGGCACGGAGGCAGCGGGGUGCUGGCUGCUGGUGCACCCCUUUGGGUCGGCUCUUGCUGCUGGGCCUGGUGGCACCAUGGCCCCUGGGUGCUGCAGGUGGUGCUGGGGGUUCUGGAGCCCCACUCUGACCCACUGCAUGGCGUGUGCAGCCCUCCUGGCCUCACACAGGGUUCUUGGAGCGUGGAGGAUGGUGGUCGCAGCCAGCAGGUAGGAUGAAGCCUGGGAUCAGCGUUCUCCCCCUCCCCACGCAGAAGCAGCAGGUUGGGUGGGGGAUGCAGGGGACACAGCACGGGGCGAGGCUGUGCUGGAGGUGGGUGACCCUAUGUCCCCGUCCUGCCCCGCAUCCCCCGUCCCCUUCUGCCAGCAGCUCCACGUCUUGGCACUGUUCUUCCCCAAGGCCAAGGGGAGGGCUGAUUCAUCCCCUCCGUGCCACGCAAAUGCGCGAUCGCAAUAUUGCAGAGAGAUGUGACGCUGGAAGAACGAGAGACUCUGCGUUCAAAUGAAUCGUGCCGGGCGGUGGAAGGGCUGGGAUGGGGCUUUGGUCUUUGUGCAUGAACCCACAUGGGGUCAGUGUCCUGCAGCGUCCCUUGGGUCGCUCUCACAGGAGCAGAUCCCAGAGGUGAGUCCUGUGGGUGCGGGCACGGCUCCCCAGGAGCAGGAGGAGAAGGUAAGUGCCCUCUGCACACUGGUGGGCUCUGGGCAUGGACAGAUGCUGGCUCCCAGCUCUGGGCUCAGAUAGGUGACCCUCUCUGUGCUCUCACCCUCCCCAGGCAGCGGGGCAUGAUGGCACAGCGGGCGCUGGUGCUGGUGCUCUGCCUCUCCCUGGCUGCAGCAGCCUCCGCCGACUGCGCGACGCAGUGCUCCCUCUGCACCAACCAGGCACGUGGCACCGAGAGCAGCAUCCAGCCCCUGAUGUGCCUGUGGCAAUGCCAGGGCUCCUCUCCGCCUGGCGCCGAGUGGGAGAGCUGCAGGAAGGCGCUGGCACUCCUGGCCCCGCUGGUGGCCCUGGCCGAGGGGACAGAAGGGACAGAUCCAUCCCCAGUGGAGGCAGAGGAUGAGGCAGAGCCGGAGCAGGAUCCUGGCCCGGAGGAGCUGCCACUGGCACCAGCCAAACGCUACGGGGGCUUCAUGAAAAAGCUGGCCAAGGGGAGGCUGCUGUCCCUGCUGCGCGACAACGCCCACAGCAAGGGCGGCCUCAGCAAGAAGUCGGGGGGCUUCGGCCACAAUCCAGGGGAGCGGGCUGCCCCCGAGAACUACCCGGGGCCGGGGGAGGGCGAGGAGCCCGAGGGCGCGGGGGCCGAGGGGCAGGAGCUGGCGGAGCUGCACAAGCGCUACGGGGGCUUCAUGCGCCGCAUCCGGCCCAAGCUCAAGUGGGACAAUCAGAAGCGGUACGGGGGCUUCCUGCGGCGGCAGUUCAAGGUGAUCACGCGCUCGGACGAGGACCCCAGCGCCUACUCAGGGGAGGUCUUAGACCUAUAGAGCCUGGCAUGGGACAGGUCCCUGCGCCACCAGCCCGACCGGUGCCGUCACCCCAGCCCCAUCCCUUUGUCCCCAGCUCCAAGCGGCUGCCACCAUCCUCGCCUCAUCCUCCUCAGAGGGCCGUGGGCUCUGCCAUCCCCACCCCACCCCCGCAAAUGCCCCAGCUCUGCCCCCCACUGUCUCUCUCUGGUUCACCUGCACGCCCCUUAGGGACCUCGUGCACCCAGGGGAUGGUAUCACCCCCCAGCUGCUGGCAGCACAUCCAGCAGGGAUGCGUCCCCAGCCCUGCCACAGCUGCAGAUGCACAGCAGGGGCUGGAAACCAUCACAGCUGAUGGAUGAGGCAAGAGCUUCCGAGCCCCAGGAAGGAUGAGCCUGAGCAGGGCUGGGAUGCAGCCAGCAGGUCUAGAGGGCUGUGCAGUGGCCAUAAGGAGGGGUGGCAGGGCAGCAGGGGGCUGAGCAUCCCCGUCCCUUCCCCAAUCCACCCACUGCAUCCUGCUCAUCCACCCGCUGCCUUCCCUGGUACAAGAACACUCUCUGGUUCACCCAUCUGGGCCCCCUGCUCCCCCCACAGCCAAUAAAAGGCAGAUGCCAACGAAGCCAUGGUGGGUGCUGAGCAUCAUCUUCCUCUGGGUGGAUCCAGCCCUCAGCACAAGGGGAUCACACACCCCAAACUGGGGCCUGGGGAGUACCCACAAACCCCACUGCCCUAAGGCCAUGCUGUGGUUGGGAACCUGAGCACGGUGACCAAACCAUCCCACUCCCACACAUGCUUCAAGCACAGCAUGACUGACGACAGCAGCUCCAUGCCAGUAAAGCCCAACCCAUGCAGAACCUCUCCAUAGCCUCACUGCCCAGCGCUGCGGACACCCUAAGCUGUUGGGUGUUGCAUGCUCAGGGCUCCAGCACCGACCACCCCAACUCCAGCAUCACCUCCAGGCUGCUCUCUUCCUCCUUUUCGCUUUGCUGCAGUACUGGGGCUGCACUGGAUGAACCCCCUCACAACAGGAGCUGCCAGCCUCCACCUCACAGGCAGGUGACGCAGUGACAGCCCUGAGAGCCACCGGUGCACAGGACUUUCCACUUUUAUUAUAAAAAUAUCUUGCAAGCAAAAAGAAAAAAAAAAAAAAAAAGAAGAAAAAAAAAAAUCACGGUCAGUACAGGCAGUCACACAGCU